AUGGCCCUUCCAGGCCAGGCAUAUCACCUGCUUUCGUCUGACAGGAGCAACUCGAGCGGUAUUGAACCUCGCCAUCUGCAAAGGGCGCUCGCUUGCGGAGGCAUCACAGCCAGUCCGGGGAGCGAGACCGUCCUUGAGGCAGGACAGACAGUGUGCGUCGCCUCUCCGCGCUACCCCGACAACUACCCCAAGAACUGGGACAACAACUGGACCAUCAAGGGCGCCACGCCGAACGUGAGGCUGGAAAUCAGCUGCUCGCCCGUGGCCAUCGAGGGCAGUCCGUCUUGCACCAACGACCGCCUCGUCAUCAUGCACAAGUGCUUCUGGAGCAAGUACUGCGGGAGCAAGCGCCCUGAGACCAUCACGACGUGCGGCCCCUGGGCCAGGCUCACCUUCCGGACCAACGGCUCGGCGCAGCAAAAGGGCUUCUACUGCACCGUCACGGCCUCAGAAUGUACGUACAGCAGCCACGCCCUUCCCGGCAGCGCCCUGGGGCCGGCGUGA